GCGCAUGCUUAAAAUAAAAAAUUUUAACCCAAAAACUUUUUUUGCUAAACGAGCAAUAAUAUUAAUUUUCGAUUUUAAUUAAAUCAUAAUUCUGUGUGGGACAUAAAUUAAAAAUUGUUUUUGCCCUUAUUUCUCCCUCAAUUCCACCCACAGUCAGUCAUUCCAACCCUCGCAAACUUCGGGGGUGAUGGAUGCUGGAUAAAAAUCGAUAAUGCAACUCCAUCCCGACAGUUUAAAAUCACGGUCGCCGGCUGGAGCCUUUCAGAGUCCUUCAGGACCUCACAUAAUAAUUUUGUUUUCAUCAAAUAUCAUGUGGUGUUUGUGUUUUUCUUUUAUCCUGGUGUUUCGAAUGUUUUGAGAUAGGUACUUCCAGACGGGAGUAUCUGUCGGAAGAAUCUCGUCAUGAGUUUUUGACCAAAAAAUUUGGGAGUAAAUUUCUGGAGACAUUUAAUUUUUACGAUGCAAGAAAUUAGCAAAUACAUUCAAGGACUGCUUUAUUUUUGGUCAUGUAAUUGUUCGAUGUUUGGUGGCUAUUUAUUGUUUGUUCCUCUCAUCUGGCUCCAGAUACUUACUCCAAAGUUUCACAGGAAAAUUCUGGAUUUUGUCGUUAAUUCUUGGCAAUAUUACAUCACGACGCUUCUUUUACGUCAAAACUGUCAAGUGCAAGUAACUGGCGAUCCAAUAAAUUCCGACGAAGUAUCCUUAAUAAUUUCAAACCAUCGUACCAGGGUAGAUUGGAAUUUCUUAUGGCCAGUUAUGUAUCAUGCCGUACAGGGAAAAAAUCGAUGGUGGUACAGUACAAAAUUCGUCCUUAAAAAAUCCAUAAAGAACGUACCUAUAGCAGGUUGGGUGAUGCAAAUGGCCAUGUACAUAUUCAUUAACCGUAAUUGGGAAGAGGACAAGAAAUUGCUAAACAACUACAUAGAUUAUGUGGCGGAAAUGGCUUAUAAGCACAUACUUAUUUUAUUCCCUGAAGGAACUGAUUUAACACCGAAAACGAAGCAAAGCAGCGAUAAGUUUGCAGACGCUAAUGGCUUACCGAAAUACAAGCAUGUUCUUCACCCAAGAUGUACCGGCUUUGUCUACCUUGUGGAUGAAAUGCGAAAAAAUAAAUGUCUGGAUGCUGUUUAUGAUGUGACACUUAUUUAUCCAGACGAUUGCCCUCAAACCGAAGAAGAGUUAUUUGUUCAAGGAAAAAUCCCGCAAAAAGUAAUGGCUCAUCUAGUCAGAUAUCCAGUGCCAUUGCUCCCAGAUACCCAAGACGAACUGAAACAAUUUCUCGAAAAACGCUGGUUAGAGAAAGAGAAAGUUAUUGAAGAAUUCACUAAGACAGGUCAUUUUUUGCAACACGGCAAAAUUCUCGAGGGCGAGUAUCUCACACUACCUUGGGCGUACUUCAUUCAUCUUGUUUGGAUGGCUGGCACAGCUGCUCUGGUAUACUUGAUAUCCAUCAGUCAGGUAUUUUUUUACAUGGUUAUUUGUCAUAUGGUACUUUUAUAUGUGGUACCGCCUCAUGUUACUGCGUAUACGAUAAGGAAGGCGCUGUGCAGGCUGAUAAGUCGACGGAAAGUGACUGCUAUUGGAAAAGAUAAUUAGUUUAUUUUUGGUAAUUUAUGGCAAUUAUUAUGAAAGCACUGUAUGGUAGUCGCUGUAUGUAUGGUAGUCGCUGUAGCCUAAUUUUCCGUAGACCCUUUAGACAGCCACACACAGUACGUCUUUUAAACAAUAGAUACCUGUAAUUUAAUUUCAAAUGUUUGUUAAAACUGUAUUUGGAAAUAAUCAGUGAAAAACUGGACAUGUAAUGAAAUUGCUGAAGUACUUAUUUAUUAAUUAAUGCCAUAACUUCUAACUUCUUUUUCAAGCUUCCAAAAAAAAAUGAUUAAAAUUGCUGUAGGCAAGUUAUACCGUUAUACGUCAUCUUCGCCUAGAUUUGCAGAUUUCCAAUAUUCGUUUCAGAGCUUUCGUGUAAUUUCACCGUUAAUUUGAUACUUAAAGGCAAUUGAAUUAACGUAACAAGGUGUAAUUUUGAAAUUAUUUGAGGCUCUUGUGUUUCGGUCCUGACGGUCUUUGAACAGAAAUCUGGGGUGUUGAAUCCUGCUAAAAGCGAAUUCGAUUUUAAAUUGUUAGGCAAUUCUUGAAAUUUAUGACUAUUUCAACAGAUCUACAGAAAAUAAUUAAUUUUUUGAAGUGGCUCACCUAACUCUAUGUAGCUCAUCGAAAGCUCAAUUUUAUGUAAAAAUUUGUAUUUUUUAUUCAUAAGAUUUUUUUUUGCCUUUACUUAUUUGAUUUAUUUUAAAAUGAAUGUUUAAUGUAUAAAAGUUUACAAGGUACUCCAGAUAAUAACAAUGCAUUUAAGAGCAUUCCUCUAAAAAAUAGGAGGAAUUUGCGGAUUUCUGAGUCAUGCUAGUGAAGCGGAAUUUAGGGUUGGAAAACAAAACACAAUUUCAAAAGUAAAAAUGAUAAUGACAUACCUAUUAACAUUUCUGCAAAUAAAGUUGGCUGAAAAUUAAAUUUCCACAAGAUCUGUUUUUUUUUUUUAAUUGAAGCAUUUUCAUCUGGGGUAUCCUGCGAUUUUCCCAUUUCCCAAAGUGUCUCUUUUCUUAAAUGUUUUAUUGAAUUCAUGAUAUUAAAAUAUCACUAUGAAAACAGAACAUUUUAACUUUUUAAAUUCCAAGAAAAAAGAUAUUUGAAAUGUUGAAUAUUUUUUACACAGGGUAUACUAUAGUUUUUAUUGUCUUUAGAAAUUAAAAAUAAUUGCUUUCAAAAAAAGACACCUACUCUAAAAAUAAAUGCAAGUACAAACUCAUAAUUUGCUGGAAAAAAUAUUUUUGACAAAAAUAACAUAAAAACUAAAUAAUUUAAGAUUUACAUUAUUGUACCUAACCAUUUUAGAGGGGCUUUUUUUUAUUAAAUAACCGUAUGUAUUUCACAAACUUUGAAAUUUGAUAUUGGUAAUAAUUGACACAAGAAGUAGAGGUGUGUUGGCCGCAUUCUCCAACCAUAUUUCAUCAGAAGUUUUCACGACUAAAAGUCGUUCAAAUAUAAUAUAAAAUAGAAAUUUUCAAACAAACAGUUACAGAAGUAACAGGACAGAAUUUAAUAUUUCAUAUUUGCAGAAUUUUCUAAAUAAGUAUAGGUAUGGCUAUGGAAGGAUUCCCUGUGGAAAUAAAAUAAUUUCUUGGUUUAAUUGGUAUAAUGAAAACUGCUGUAUGUAAAAUUAUCAAUGUAGGUACUAAAUUCCUGAAUGAUCUUAAGUCAAAAUUUCAUGUUUAUCCGGUCGUUCUUGAUGUCUUUUUGCUAUGUUACAGCUUAUGCGACAGCUUUUUAUUAAUUCGAACGGAUCUUAUACAGGGUAAAUAUCUACUGAGCGUUUAAAAAAAAAUGUCCCAUGUAUCACGCAUAUUUUCCUUUAUCUUCCUGAAAAACGUUCCCGAAUCCCAACAAAUAACAUUCGAUUUAUUUCUUCAAAGCGUAAGUUAACUGUCAUUGACAUAUCUGAAUAUAUUGUACAGGGUUAGCAAACAAUACUAAAAUACGGUUUUUGCAAUUUUGCCCUAAAAACAUCAUAUAAGGAGAGCAAUGUUAGGAUUCUUGGAUGGACAUAAUAUACAUUGGAUAACCCCAAAAAAUUAGAAACAACAACUAUGCUUUAUUUAAAUUAUCUCACUCCCAUUCAUUAAGAAUGGGAGAAAAGGAUACAUCUAUAAGAGUUUUAAGAACAAACGGUCAACAGACGAAAUUAAUUAAAUUAGACUCUAAUCCUGAAGAAUUUCAAUUUCUUGUCCGUAUAUUUUGUUAUAGUUUGCUUAUCUUGUACAAAUUAAUUAAGUGAAAAUAUAUAAGAUAAUGAUAAGAUAGAAGAUAGGUAUAUGUAUUAUUACUAUUACAAAUGACAUAUAUAAUAAUAAAUCGUAUCAAAUUGCAUUUAUCGAAUAAGUAUAGAAGAAUAAACUUAAAUAAAUAAGGCAUCUUAUGAAAAAAAAAUAUAUAAAAACACUAACGAGUUUUAAAUGUAGAUUUAACAUAAUCAGAGGUAACAAUUAGUAAGGCGGGCAGUUAUUAAGAAACUAAAAUAGACACUUGACUGUAUAGACUCAUAUUUGAGGUUAGAGUCUAUAUAUCGAAAAAGACGUCUAGAAAUGAAAAAGAAGUGACUACAAAAGUAAAGAGAAAAAUAUAUAUUUUAUGCUAGUGACAAAAUGUUGUCCGCCGAAGGGAACGUUAAAUAAAUAAAUGAACAUUGAAUAAUAAUUUCUUAGAUCGUGGAGAAAAUUAAAGUCAAUAUCCACCUUUUCUUCGAAACUCUAUAAUUUGAAUAAUAAUGCAAAUAUCAGAGUGAAUAAAAAAUGUAAAUGUUCGGAAAAAAUCAGGCUAGAAUUUGGUGUUGGAAACUGUUCUCAAUUUUCAGAGGUAUGCGUUACUUUGCCGCACACUAUGCGGUAGAGAAACUUUACCGUAAACUUUGCAGUCUACUUCACCGCACUCUAUGUGAGGCAAAGUGCUACUUUCCACUUGCAAAAAAGUGCAGUGAAGUGUACUUUCCGCACGUUUGUAGUGUAAACUUAUUUAAAUAAUCAACUAAUAUAGUCACGUGAGUUAUGUCAGUAAUAGGCGAUGAAUAAACUUGCUUACUGUGCUUUUCACUUUUAUAUAAGUAAUUUCUCGACAAUGUUAAGUUAGUCAGUUGAAUAAAAAUUGCCAAUUCUCGCAAAAAUUAAGUUUUUGGGAAGACAAAAUCGUCGACCAGGAAUUUUACCCUUAUAUUAUGCUGAUCAUGAUUCUCAUGUAAGUAAAGUGCAACUCUAAUGUCCGAUGAUAAUAUUAUUGAUGAUAUAAUCGAAAAGUUAAGUCAACUUCAAUUACCUCCUUCAACUGACUCUGCUUCUAGCGAAGAAGUAAUUAGAUUAAUAAACCAGUCUAUUUCUGUACCUAAUCUUAAUUUACCUGAAAGUAAUCUUUGUACAAUGGCUAAUUUUAAAGCAGCAAUUUGACGGCAAUCCCAAUGAUUUUAAUAGGUACUUAGCAGUUUGUCAAAGCAUUAUCGAUGCUUUCUACAAACCAAAUGAACCUAACGAUUUUCAAAACAUUUAGGUACUUAUUGACUUCUAUUAUUGGAAAAUUAUCGGGAAACGCUUAAUUAAUACUAGGUACUACUCAUGUUCAAACGUGGGAAGAAUUAAAAAUUAUCCUGAGUAAACAUUUCGCUGAUCAACGCGAUGAAGCCUGUCUGAACAGAGAUCUAGUCAUGCUCAAACAACAGAGUAGCGAAAAACCUAGUGAGUUUUAUGAUAGAAUCAUGCAUACCUAUCUCAAAUCUUUUAUGUUCAUAUAUAAAUAUUCAUGAGAAUAACGAUGCCGCAGAAGCAUUGAAAAGGAACCUUUAUCAUGAAUUAUCACUCAAAACAUUUUCAUCAGGCCUAAAAGAACCUUUGGGAACUACCAUACGUUAUAUGCGUCCAAAAGAUCUUCCUGAAGCACUACAGCAAGUUACUUCAGAAUACAAUACGCAAUAUUUCCAAAAUAGUUCAAAAAAUUCAAACCAAAAACCUCAGUCUUUUAAUAAACCCAAAUACACAAAUACAUUUAAUUCAUAUAACCCAAUGAAUACGCAAUUUUCAUCAAGCCAAUUCAUGAGACCUUCAUAUCCAUCUCAGCCUAUAUUUGUUAGGCCAGAUUAUAAUAAGACACCUUCGAAGAUUUCCCACAAACUCUCAAGUUUUCGGUUCCAAAUAUAGACCUACCACUAACGUCUUCAAACCGAACCCAAAUCGACAACUAUCAAGACCUACACCAAUGUCAACAACCUCUCAUAAAACGUUCAGACCAACAAAUAACAAUUUCCAAAAUUCAGCACCCAGAAACCCUUUUCAGCCACAAAAUAAUCAACCAAAAAACUUUGUAGUUGAAGGGUUAUACAACACGAACGCAGCUAGCAGCGAUAAUGAUCAAGAUCAAUCACACAACAUCGAUAAUAUCGCCUAUGCUGAACCUAACUACGAAUACGUAGAGCAAGAUCAAGAUUUUUCAUUAUAAUAAUAAGACUAGUGAAUUAUCAUACAUUAUAUUUCCAGAACACAACCUGAAAUUCCUAAUCGACAGUGGUUCUACGAAAUCAUUUAUUGAUCCUCAAUUAGCAAGUAAAUUUUAUCCCUCGCAGAUAAAAUAUGAUCCUUUCAUAGUCUCAACCGUCUUUCAACAAUUGGCACAUCGAUAUAGUGCUGAAGUACCCGCAUCAAAAAUAUUUAAUCUUGGAAAAAAUAAAUGCCUGAAAUUCUACUUAUUUAAAUUCCAUAUAAUACAUUUGACAGACUUCUCGGUUUAGAAAAUAUCCAAGAAUUACAAGCUAACAUCGACUAUAAUAAUGGAUUUCUCAUAAUACCCAACACAAAAAUUAAAUUACAGUUUCUCAAAACUCGUAAGGAAAUAAAUAAUAUAACUGUUUCAGCAUGUUCUGAACAAGUUGUUAGAAUUAAAACAAACAUUCUACAUGGUGAAAUAAUAAUUCCCUAUCAAAAACUGCACCAUUGCGAAAUUCCAAACUGUCUCACUGUUGCCAAGAACGGUUAUGCAUUAACCACUAUAUUAAAUAAUACUUGUAAUCCGAUAACUCUAGAUGUUUCUGAGCCUUUUCAGAUUGAGCAAUUUGAUCGUAAAGAAAUUGAGAUAGUAAACUUAAAUAACUUUGAGGAUUUUGCAAGAAAUCACGAAUUUGACCCGUCCUAUAUUCGUACAAGUCACCUAAAUGAAGAAGAAAAGUGUAAAAUACUAAAUAUUUGCAGUUAGUUCUCCGAUAUAUUAUUCUAUUAUGAAAACACACCUUUAAGAGUCUCAAAGAAAAAAAAAUGCUGGACCAGAACAUUAUUCAUCCCAGUAUUUCUCCCUGGUCAUCCCCAAUUUGGGUGGUGCCAAAGAAAACCGAUGCAUCUGGAAAACAAAAAUUCCGCGUAGUUUUCGACUACCGCAAAUUAAAUGAAAAAACUAUAGACGACAAAUAUCCCUUAAAGAAUAUUACAGACCCACUAGAUAAAUUAGACAAAUGCCAAUAUUUUACCACCCUUGAUUUAACUAGUGGGUUCCACCAAAUGGAAAUGGAUGAAUGUGAUAUUCCUAAAACAGCUUUCAAUACCGAGAAUGGGCACUACGAGUUUACUCGCAUGCCCUUCGGGUUGAAAAAUGCCCCCGCUACGUUCCAGAGAGCCAUGGACGGCAUCUUGCGUGGAAUACAAAAUGAAAAAUGUCUGGUUUAUCUUGAUGACAUUAUUGUAUACUCCACUUCACUGCAGGAACAUCUAGAACGCCUGAAGAUUGUUUCCCAAAGAAUCCGAGACUCCAAUUUCAAAAUUCAACUCGACAAAUGCGAAUUCUUGAGACACGAAGUCGCCUAUUUAGAACACGUAGUGAUUCCCGAGGGUGUUAAACGUAAUCCAGAAAAAAUCAUAGCCAUCAAAAACUACCUAUCAAUACCUUCGGCAAAUAAAGGGCUUCCUAGGGCUACUAGGUUAUUAUAGGCGUCUCAUUAACAACUUCGCAAAAAUCACCAAACCCCUAACAAAAUGCCUGAAGAAAGGAGCAAAAAUAAUUCAUAACAGCGAAUUUAUUGAUUGUUUCGAAAAGUGUAAAAACCUGUUGGUGAACGAGCCAAUCCUCCAAUACCCCGAUAUUGACAAAAUCUUCAGCUUGACAUUUGAUGCCAGUGACGUAGCUUUGGGCGUCGUCCUAUCCCAAGGGCCAAUAGGUCAAGACCUUCCAGUUGCGUACGCAUCACGAACAUUAAACGGCUCAGAACAAAAUUAUUCUACCAUAGAGAAAGAAUGCCUUUGCAUCGUGUGGGCCAGCAAAUAUUUUAGGCCCUACCUCUUUGGUCAGAAAUUCAACAGUAUUAUGGAUCAUAAACCUCUCGAAUGUCUCUCAAAUAUGAAAGAUACAAGUUCGAAACUGAUUCGUUGGAGAUACAAGUUAUCAAAAUUCAAUUACAAAAUCAUUUACAAAAAAGGCAAAUUGAAUACUAAUACUGAAGCCUUAAGUCGCAUCGAGUUACAUGCAAAAGAAACCGACGGCUUUUCAAAUUUACUAUCCUAUAUAAAUGAUUAUAAUAGAAAAUUGGGAGAAGAAAACCAGAACAUCAAUGAUGGUCAAGAAAUGGAUCAGAUGUCUACCGUAGUACACCCAGACCCUGAACUAGAACAAGGACCUUCCACGAGAGCAGAAGAUGAAAUAAUGACCAUGAUCCAAUAGUGGGCGUGCCAAUUUUAGAAUCAGCGGUUAACUAUGGCGCGAACCAAAUAAUAACAAAAGUAUUCCAUUCUCCAGCAAAGACGAAGCGAAUAAUAUUAUUUGAAAAAAAAGAAAAUUUUUAGUCCAGCACUCUGAAAAUAACUUCGAAAACUAGGUACAUUUUAGAUUUUAUGAGAGAAUAUGUAGCGCCCGGAAAAUUAUAUUCGUUAUACUUCGAAAAUCCCGAAAUGUAUGAACCAUUCUGUGAAGUAAAUAGGAAAAAUUUCAAAUGGCCUUCUCUCAGACUUAAAAGAUGCCUAAUCAAACUACUUGAUGUAGUGGAAAAACAAGAUAUUCCGGAAAUAAUCAAAAAUUAUCACGAAUAAAGUAAGACGAAUCACAGAGGAAUAUAUGAAACAGAACAACGAAUUAAGAGUAAAUACUACUGGCCAAAUAUAAAGCAAUUAAUACAAACCUAUAUCAACGAAUGCGAAAUAUGCCAACGUAGUACCUAAAUAUGGGCGUCACCCUGUUAAUAUGGAAAUUAAUAUCGCUCCUACUGCAACUAAACCAUUCGACAUCGUGCAUUGUUACACUUUAGAUAAAGUGAAAUUCUUAACCAUCAUUGACAGCUUCUCUAAAUAUACCCAAGCAUAUCCUCUCACAGCAUUAAACGCAACUGAAAUCGCAGACAAUCUAAUCACAUUUUUCUCUCAUCGUGGUAUCCCCUCCAAAAUCAUAAUCGACAGUGGAACUGAAUUCAAAAACACAGUCAUCACCGAGCUAAUGCAAAUCCAUAAAAUAAAAAUCCAUUUUUGUUUCCCAAAUCACCCACAGUCCAACGGUGUAAUAGAGAGAGUUCAUUCCACCUUAUCGGAGCAUGUCAGAUUAUUGAAUAAUCAAGGAUUCCAAAAUACUCCAAUCACCCAAAAAAUGAAAUACGCAAUUUUGGAGUACAAUCAUUCCAUUCAUUCUGUUACAAAAUUCGAACCCUUGGACGUAAUUAGUGACCAUAUCAGUAACGAACUUAGACCAACUACUCUUUUCAGAUUACGUUGCGGGACAGAAAGACAAAACUAAACUUUUGUAUUCCAGAAUCAAUGAACAACUAAUAAAUACCAAAGAAAAUAAUUGGAAAAAUGAACGAAACCCGUGACAAGCCUUCAUUAUUUGCUCCAGAUCAAAAAAUCUACAUCCGAAAAUAUACACGACACAAAACUUGGUGAUAAAUACACACCUCCGACAGAAAUUGAGACUAUGGAUCCUAUACGCAAAACAGUGACAACAACAACUCAAGGGAAAAUUCACAUGGACAAUAUUAAACGUCCAUUCGAUAGAAAUAAGUAUAGUUAUGAUACUGAUACUUUAGUAAAGCUAGCGCAAAUCAUAAACCAUAAUUUUUAUGCAUUAGGUAGUUUUUAUUAAGUAAUUUUAACUAUCCUCUAUCACCGCUUUAAAAUAAAUUAACUAGUAAGCAUUUAUCAUGUAUAUUAUAUCAUUUCAGCGUUUUCAGCCAGGCGCUCGGAGACCAAGAACAUGUCGCUAUCCGAGAACAAACUGAUAACCCAGGCAUAAUUCCGGUUAAACUAGGGAUCGCAAAAAUGCAAGAUUAUUCAUACACUUUAAUACACCAUUACGAUUUAAAUCCAAUAAUUACAGAAAUUAACAAGGAUUGAAAAGAGGCCUAAUAAAUGGUUUAGGCUCUAUGUUCAAAGCUGUCACAGGAAAUCUUGACGCUUCCGACGGAGUUCACUAUGAAAAUCCUAUAGCUGAAUUGCAAGCAAAUCAAAAGAAUUUACAAGAUAAUGUUUUGAAACAAAGUUCUCUAUCUUUAACUGUCAUCGAAAGAUUUAAUUCGACCUUAAACCAAAUCAAUCAUAAUGAGAAUCUUUUAGAAUCCAAAAUUCAACAAAUAUCUGCCUUUGUACAAAAAUCUGCUUACAGGAGGACAUUUUUAUUCUGUACCAAUCAAUUCGCAGAGUCGGUUUAAGAAACUUCUGCCAAAGAAUAAAUAUUUAGUGAAAAAUACUUUGCACUUUGCAUACUCUCCACAAACAUGCCUUGAGGUCCUCCCUGAGUCCUUCGUUUGCCCUAAAAGGACCUGCAAGAAGUCAAAAAAACCAGCCCGUGCGAGAUACAACUCCUGAACUCUGACACACACCCCUCAGUUUGCAAGCAAACCGUAGUUAGCGUUCCAGAAGCGAUAAUUAAUCGUCUAGACACUACCAAUCAGUGGAUACUGAUAUUUCCAAUUAAGGAAACUAUCGAAAUUCAGUGUUUUGGCCAAGAAGAAGUCCAAAACGUCAUAGGGACAUACAUUUGCCAAAUUCCUAUGGGAUACAGAGUCAGCAAAAACUCAAAACUGGUUAUCAAUGAACAAAAGCUAAUCAGUCCAAAUCGGCAUCCCAUGUUGUUCCCCGAUUUUCCAGAAAUGUCAACAACACUACCACUUUUGAAUUUAAGUCGUCACCUUCACAAUUUGAAGCUGGACGACCUCCAUCAGUUAAGAUAUGAAAUCUGCGAAAUUCAGCCUCAUCUUAACUUCAACCAAAUUACUUGAAGUCCAAGUAUCUAGACCCUGCUUUUUUAAGUCGGAAAUAUAUGUUAACCCGGUCUACGACGUGUUAACUCGUGUCACAAAUCCGUCGUAUCUGCGAUGAGUGCGAUGUCAUUCAUGUGUAGUAUGAUGCAUGAUGCAUAAAAAAAUCAAUAUUUAAAACUCGUUAAAUUUUAAACUUUAAAAUGUACUAUAUUAUUCAAUAUAGUUCGAAAAACUUAUAAUGAUCAGUCACACUUUAGAAAAAAUAUGCAGCAGAAGUACCCUUUUGUACAUUAUGCUACGGACGUUGCAUAUUUAGUUGAUAAGGACCAUGAAUGAUAAUAAAAUUAUUGUUACUAAAACUUUUUCAGUUAAAUUUUUGAUAAUAAUUUUUUUUGAAAAUUCCAGGAAGACCUAAAAAAGGGUCGUUCUUUAGAUAAAACGAAACCAAAGAUCCAAGUAAUUUUAGGCAGCAAGAAGCAGCAGCGAAAUACGUCACGGAUAUAUCCUUCUGUAUAUAUGAUAUGGAUGUGACGUAUUAUAGUUUUUAGUGUGAUAGGGGAUAUUAAAAAAAAAACAUCAGUGGCAUGAGUAAAGUCAAAAAAAGGGAAUUCCAUGUACCCAAGCUAAAAUUCAAAGCUCAACAACCACCGACACUGGGUAAAAAUUUAUGAUAAGUUUUCUUUUUUUAUUUGCCUUUUAGUUUAAUAGUUUUUGGAAGGCUUUGCCGUCUUUCGCCAUCAUGAUAAAGCGCCACCUUGUAUCUAAUUUUAGUGAUGUAAAUAUACUUAUUAAGUUUAAGAAUAAUAAGGAAUAAGUUGAUUAUCUAGACAGAUAAUUCUUAAAUAAGUUUUAAUCUUAUAGGUAUAUAUCUAGGUAGUAUAGUAUGUAAUGACAAUACUUUGACUUUUCAUAUCUUAUAAUGUGUAAAAAUGAAAAUUUCAAUAUAAGUAAUUUUUCUUUCUCAAUAAUCAUGAUCCAAUUAUGAUAAAAUUAAAAGUAUAAUUCUCAAGCAAUAAUUCUUAAAAAUGGUCAUGAAAUAGUUUCUUAAACUUGAAUAAUUUCCCAAGUUUUUCAAAAAGUUUGAAAGCUUCAUAAAAAAAUAUAUCAUUUUCAUCUGGACAACUGCGAAUAAGUUCUAUUUCGACAUUUAUAGCUCUAGUGUUAUUUCACCCUCAUUUUAUCAGUUAUUUAUUUCAAAAAAGCAUUAUCGUUGUUUGAGAAUCAAUUGUGAUGAUUAUAUUUCAUCAGAUGUUGUUAAUCAAUUUGGCCCCCCAGAAACCUUAUGAGAACUGUCCCUCAGUCGAAUCUCGUGAAAUUUUGUAUAUUGUUAGUUCUUGACCUAUAGAUUAAAAGUGUACAUGGGCACAAAGUUCUAAAAAUUCGCCUUUUUGAGUUACAGUCGUUUGAAGUUGCGUCAUAUGUGAAAUUGCUCAAACCUUAUACAGUCUAGUUUUUUCUGUUACUUCGUGAAUUUUAGAACAUCAUAGUAUCAUUGUAGUAUAAUACGUUUUAAAUUAUACGAUUCCAGAAAUGGCCACUUUUAAACCAUAGGCGUCUUAAGAGGGGUUAAAAAUAAUUAUAAAAUAAUAGUUAUUUAUACACCAAGUGAGUUAAAUGAAUGUUUACCCAUGAGAAGAAAGUUUAAUUUACGAGCCCUAGCGAGGGGGUUAAUUAUUUUCGAAUGGUGCAUACAAUGCUUUAUUUUCUACUGAAUAUAAUGUUCUUUCAUCAAUUUAACAUGUACCUUUACUACCUGUACUCACCUCAUGAUUUACCCAUAAUUAUUUUUAAACCCCUUUUAGAACAUCUAUGGUUUAAAAGUCGCCAUUUCUGGAAUCGAAUAAUUUGGAACGUAUUAUAUUAAGCAUAUGUCGUUCUAAAAUUCACGUAGUAACCGAAAAAACUAGACUGUAUAAGUAUAAAAUUUGAGCAAUUUCACAUAUGAUGCAAGAUGCAACUUCAAACGACUGUAACUCAAAAAAGCGAAUUUUUAGAACUUUGUGCCCAUAGGCCAAGAACUAACAAUAUACAAAAUUUCACGAGAUUCCAUUGAGGGCCAGUUCUCAUAAGGUUUCUGCGGGGUCCUUUGUCUCGUAAGUUGUUUUAGUGCACACUCUGCGUGGUGUCCAAUAUACAUAGCAAAUAAAUUAUAAUUUGAAAAUUUAUAAAGACAAACGGUCUGUUAAAAAUCCAAAGGCUCGGAAAUACCUUUAGUUAUGUUAUAAAUAACUAUUCGUCUAUACUAUAAUAUAAAUAAUAUUAAGAUAAUAUAAUAAUUUAAGUUAAUUUCAAAGUUAUGUUUAGCAUUAUCCAGAGAGGCGUUAAAAAGUCUUUCAAUGGCCUAAAGGCGAUGAUAAAGUGUCGCAAAGGUAAGUUGGUGGACAUGUUAUUACAAUAUGUCGCAAACGAUAUAUUUGAAAUAAUUUGUAUAUAAAGAUAUAUCGAUGCGGCAUAAAAUAGAAUAGAUUUUAUUAAUGUACCUAAAAUAUAGUUCUAACAAUUGUCAGUGUAAUGUCUACUAUAUUUUAAGAGCAACUAUUUGAGAAAAGUGUCCCAAAUAGAAUUUAAAAAAAUAUGUGUAUAUUCCACGAAUUUAUUCUACCUUUGUAUAAAGAUUUUUAAUGUGAAAGUGGAAUAUUUUGUGUACCUCAAAAAUCAUGGAUCAUCAAUUUUACUUUUUCAAAAUUAACAAAAAUACAAUAAAAGUCCGUCAUAACUCGUCAUCCGACAACGUCUUAUUAUUAGGUACAGACCAGGCUGAAAAUGUGUCACAAAUAUAUCGAAAAUUUUGUAAAUAUGCGCGAUAUAACUGUGGCAUAAAGUAGAGUAGAUUUCGGUGUUUUUAGGGUAACUCGAAUAAGAUGAUGACUGCUUUGUUUUGAAAUUAGAGCUACCAAUAAUAUGCAAACAACUUUAUUGGCUUUGUGAAAAAAGUUUUGUUUUCGUUCAUAUAAAAAUUUAAUUUAAAUAUCUAUGUAUCCUUAAAAAUUAAAAACGCUUCAAUAAAUUGAAAAUGUAAUAACAAUACAAUUCAAAAUUUGGGACUGAAGGCGAGUUUAAACAACUUCAUAACUUUAAUUUAUGCACGAACGGGCGUAAAAGUGCACUUUUACGCCCACAUUUUAGAGCGUGAAGUAGUACUUUUGCGCCCUAGGGCGCCUUUUAUGCCCGCGGGCCUGAAAGUUCUAAAAUUUCAAAAAUAAGCAAGAAUUCGACUCAAUUUUUUAAACCUUUUGCAUUUCUAUUGCUUAGUCAAAAAAAUAUCAACUUUGUUCAACAAAACAAGCUUUACUUAUUUCAAUUAAUAAGAAUAAUGGAAUACUUAAGCAAUUAUAAUAAAAUUCAAUCUACUUUCAAAUUAAAAUUGCUUUCAACGUUGAGUAAUAUCUCCAAAGGGUGGAUGGCUUAUUUUUUAUUGCAUUUUUCAUUAAUGUUUAUGCCAGGACAGUUUCUUCUACAAAGUACUGCUGCUCAUUGAUAACAUGUUGGGCACACCAGGAAAUAAAGUCCCUAUAUGUUUUUUCAUAGUCUUUUGGACUUUGAAGGUAAUAGAUCUUCCUUGGCCUCUUCAACUGCUUCAAGAAUAAACUUGUGGAGGCUAUUUUGCUCCAUUUUCAGACGCCAGACAACACAUCAUAAGAAAAUUAUACACUUACAAUACACAGAGUAAAAUAAUUAUUUGUUUGUAUUGUUCUGGGUUGCUAUAAUAGUUACGAGAUACUUUUGUCAACAACUGCUUUCUUGAUCUAAAUUUGACAAAAACCUAUGACUUAUUAUGCGGUGAACAUGAAAAUUUAUUUUUUGAAAUAUUUUUGAUUGAUGUCAUUACAAAAUUAAAAAUAUAUAAUUUUUCAAAUAUCAAAAUGAAAACAUGCUCAUCGUGCAUAAAAUCUUGUAUGCACCUCGGUCAAAAAGAGCUUUAACGCCCUCAGCGUGUAAACAGCCCUCGGCUAACGCCUCAGGCUGUUACACACGCUGCGGGCGUUAAAGCUGUACUUUUUGACCUAGGUGCAUAAAUAACUAUUAGUGCGUAAUUCACAAUUUAGUGCAUAAACUUUAAAGUUAAAUUUAUUAUUUUCUAUGGAAGCGUUUAUACAUCUAUUUAAUUAAUGCUCAAUUCAUAAUUUAGUUCAUAAUGGAUAACCUUAAAAGUUCCUAACUUUUAACUUUUAUGCAUUAAAUUAUGAAAAAAACUGGACCUUUCGAGUUCUGUCCGUGUCAAAUUUCAAAAUAUCAAUAGAAUAUUAGUAAAAUUUCAAAAAUUAUGUAUUAAAUUAUAGAGUUGUUUAAACUGGGGUUUUGAGUUAUGUAUUAAAUUAGCAUUAAAUUAUGAAAAAAUUACGACUUAAAUUUAUCAAAAGUUGUUUAAAUCCGCCUUGGAUUAAACGAAAUAACACUGAAUACCUAUUUUUCUGUAAAAUUCUAAUAUUAAAAUGACAUCUUUCACAUGUAGGCCAAGCAAUGAAGGAAGUUUAUCUCAACAUAAUUAGAAGUUAACAUUUUUGGGGGGAGAUCGGUCCAUUUUCAUGUGCUAAAUAACAUAUUAAGUUUUCGACCUUGUACUUCCAUAGGGUUUUUAGUUAAGGGUGGUUUUUAGCGGUAAUUUGCGGUUUAUGGAGAACGCUGCUGAAAACUUUUUGCUAUUGGACCAUCCCUUUGGUCCAAUAGCAAAAAGUUUCAGACGAUUGUGGUAGUUGAAGUUUUUUGCUAUAAAAAACUCGGCGACAGCACCCCUUUAUCUUCUAUAGUUUUUUUUUCUGCAGCGUCUUGAAUUGUAGCAUGUUUUUGUUCAAGGUCACUGAAUCAACAUUUCGCCUGUUUGCGUGUAUUUGAUGCAGCAGCGGCCGAAUGCAUAAUCCGAUUUCAAUUUUUCAAACACCACAAUAUUGCUAAUGGAAUGCACUCUCCAAUGCUCUUUUGUUCGAAUUUUUUGCUUGAAAAUUAAGCGAGCACGGACUUGCCUAAUGUGCGAGGAAGUUGUAAAUUGCAUCGAAAACUAACCCUUUCUUGCAUUCACUGUAAUUUUUAAACGGGGCCAAAUAUUUGGUGACAGUUUUCGACAAUCGGCUGCCCAUUUAUUCCUCUCAUAAUGCCCCAGCGGAUUUUUUUUUCGGUAAUUACUCAAUGAUUUAUUGGCCUGAACACGACACGUGGAAUUUUUCAAAACGUCAAAAAAAAUUAAAAUUGUCGCACAGCGCUGAAAUUUGGUACGAUGGCUUUAUUUAUUGUUCUCAUAAAUAUACUGCAAUUCUAAUUGUUGCAGCAGUCUUGUGAAGCAAUUAAAAUUGCAAUAUAUUCAUGAAUUUGAAUUUAGAAAUUACAGCGAAUACAAGAGAGGGGUAGUUUUCGAUGCAAUUUACAACUUCCUCGCACAUUAGGCAAGUCCGUGCUCGCUUAAUUUUCAAGCAAAAAAUUCGAACAAAAAAGCAUUGGAGUGUGCAUUUCAUUAGCAAUAAUGUGGUGUUUGAAAAAUUGAAAUCGGACUAUGCAUUCGGCCGCUGCUGCAUCAAAUGCGCGCAAACAGGUGAAACGUUCAUUCAGUGACCUUGAACAAAAACAUGGUACUAUUCAAGACGCUGCAGAAAAAAAAAAACUAUAGAAGAUAGAGGGGUGCUGUCGCGGACUUUUAUAUAGCAGAAAACUUCAGCUACAACAAUCAUUUGAAACUUGUUGUUAUUGGAUAUUGGACCAUCCUUUUGAGCAGCGUUCUCCCAUAAACCGCAAAUUAACCCUAAAAACCACCCCUAACUGAAAACCCUAUGGAAGUACAAGGUCGCAAACUAAAAUGGACCGAUCCCCCCAAAAAAAUGUUAACUGCUAAUUAUGCUGAGGUAAACCCUCUUUUCAGAUUCCCGUUUCUUGGACUAUACUUGUAUCUUCACAAUAUAAAAAAAUCGUUACUGCAAACCAGUCCUUUUAUAGCUUUAUAAUAAUGUACCUACCUACGAUAUAAUAAUCAAUUAUAUAAUAUAAAAAAGCCUAAUAAUAGUUAUUUAUGAUAUAAGUGCUAAAAGUGACAUUUUAUUUUGUGAAAAGGGAAGUUUGGGACACGACGCCGAAGGCGGAGUGUUCCAUCCCUUUGAACAAAAUAAAAUCACUUUUAGCAUGAAUAUCAUACACUAUUUUUUCUACAAACGCACUAAAAGUGAUUACUUUUAGCACUAGUGCUAAAAGUAAUCACUUUUAACACCAGUGUCAUAAAAUGGCAUUUUAGACAUUGACAGCAUCCGUUAAAAAUUACACUUUUAGUGACGUUUGUAGAAAAAUGCUUUUUUCUUCAAACGUCAAAAAAACGUCACUUUGUUAACCCCGGUCAAGAUGUCAGAAAUUUGAUUUCUAUGCUGCUAGGCAAAUCCAGCGGGUUAACACCUGUCGAGGUGGUAGAAAUUUAAUUUCUAUGCUGCUAGGCAACCGCAGCGGCAGUAGAAGUACUUUUAGUGCCGCUGGAGCGGCAGCAAAAGUACUUUUAGUGCCGCUCGUACUUUUACUGCCGCUUAACCAUCCACUUGUCCCCGACCUUACCCCAUUCGUUUGGAGAAAAAAUAGCGUGUUGCAUACGGAGUAGAAGCACUUUUUUGGUUGUAAAGCUUCUACUCCUAAUAUAACAAUAUACUAUUUACUUAGGUAAUUGAUUUGCAAAUUUUUCAAAGGGAAGUACAUAAUAUCUUUCCUAAAUUCUAAGACAUAACUAACAGAUAAAUGCGUUACGGAUGUAUUUCAAUUUGUACAUAAUAUGAUAUUAAGGUGACGCAUAUACUAGAUUAGUCUAUGUUAGUUUUAGGAAAUAUUUUAUGCUUACAUAAUAUUUGAUUUUCGUAUUUGUAUAUGUAUAUUGUUCAAUUUUUAAUUCGUUAUUAUGUCGAUUUCAAACUGAGAAUGUAGGUUGGGUUAGGUUAGGUCGGAAAUGAAUUGGCCUAUUCCAACAAUCCACUGCGACUCAUUGGUCUAUCAAUUGAGGCUCAUGCCUAUUCAUAUUUCUCCAAUCAUGCCUAUUUUCCCAAUGAAGUCCAGGAUAGUAAUUAGAGAGAUGUUGUUCAGGUCUCCCAGUGGAACCGUUGCCCUACCUAAGAUACCUUGUUAGACAUUUGCAGAUCUCUAUCCGUUACAGAGUCCCAGCCCAGGCCUGUCUUUGUAGUCCGUUGAGCUUGGUUUAGGCAGUGCGCUGUUGCCCCUUUUCCUACCAGACUACUGAACCAUAUGUUAUCAUUGGUCUGAUGACCAUGAUAUAUAGGUAACCAGUAUAUUUGCGUAGGCCCAUUCCCCAUGAUUUGUCAUAGAUCCUGCGGCAGGUUCAUAGUAAGUAGCUAUCUGUCUGUUUUAUUUUUGCCAGAUGAAAGUUCCAAAUACGCUUUUAUCUAGAGUAACUCCUAGAUAUUUGACUUCGUUUGCAAAGGGUACCACCACCCCUCGUAGGUUGAGGAGUAUCAGAUGGUCAAGCUUCCUUUUCCUUUUUUUUUGAGGAUUUAUUGUUAUAUCGUCAAUCUCGCACCAUGCAAGUAUUGUUGCAGGUUGUCCACCAAGAGAGACCACAGAAGAGGAGAGAAAAACCCUCCCUGCAGGCAGUCCUAUGCUGUACUAUUUUCCCCUUGUUUAAUAACUGUCCUCAUGCAUCUUGCAAAUCAAGUCACAAAAAAGAGGCUCAAUUCUUCUGGAAAUAGCUGAUUCAUAGUGUUGUUGAAGGCUCUCUCUAUGUCGAUUAACGCUGCUAGCGCAAUCUUCUUAUUGUCAAGGGACUAUGGCUUAUUUCUGCGACCAAUCUCUAAAGAGCAAGUUCCGUUGAUUUGCCACUCUGGUGGGCGUACUUAUGAACACUCAAUGGGUUGUGCACUAAUGGUCCUUCCCUGAUAUGUGUGUCCAGCACUUUCUCAAGACUUUUCAGAAGGAACGAUGUAAGACUCAUUGGUGUGAACGGUUUAGGUUGAUAGUCGAUUCUAAACCUGUCUUGGGUAUAUACAGGGUGAGUCCGAAAUGAGUGCGCAUUUUUGUUAUAGAUAGAGUAGGUACAAUAGGAUAAUCAUUUUUUGCAUGUUUACAUGUGUCCGCAAACGUCUUGUUGAGAAAAUACAGAGUGUUGAAAUUUUCGCAAAAUUUUGACUUUUUGCCUUUAAAUUCAGAAUGCCUUGAGCGAUUUUGUUCAAAUUUUCAGAGAGUGUUUGCGAUGUUCUCAAGCAUCUUCCUAAAAAAUCCGUAUGAGUUCCACUUUCCCAGGACCGGACCUAGAGCGACUCUUAUUUUUUUGAAAGAAAAAAUUGGCACGCCGCUGGGUUUUUUAACAAAUUAAAAAUUAUUUUUUGAUUCUUUGUUUAAUUUUAAAUAAAAAGGUACCCCGAGUUUUUGUUGUUCGAUGCGACGUUUACGAGAUAAAAAAAAAAUAUUAAUGUAUUGUUUGGAAAAUCUCGUUGUUCGAUACACUCCACUCUGUUAAAAAAAAUAAUAGUCGCUCUAGGUCCGGUCCUGGAAAAGUGGAACACAAACUGAUUUUUUAGAAAGAUGCUUGAGAACAUCGCAAACACUCUCUGAUAAUUUGAACCAAAUCGCUCAAGGCAUUUUGAAUCUAAAGGCAAAAAGUCAAAAUGUUUCGAAAAUUUCAACACUGUAUUUUCUAAACAAGACGUUUGCCGACACAUGUACCAAUGCAAAGAGUGAUUGUCCUACUGUAUUCUAUCUAUUAUAACAAAAUGCGCACUUAUUUCAGACUCAUCCUGAAUACUAGCUACAUUCCACCUAUACUAGCCUUGUCCUUGACCAGCUAGUUUGUAUUUGACACCAAGCUAUAAGGCUUGAUCUGAAUAUCCUAAUUUAUAAAGGAAGGAUAUCCAGUCCGUUUUGGAGUACUUAGGCAGAGCCGGAAAUAUACCAUCCACUGGGACUCUAACACACGACAUAUUAAUAUUAAACUCUCAGUUUAUUAUUUCUUAUGUCAUAUUUUGUUAUCCAAAUUUAUUCUCCUAUUUUUAUUUGUAACGAUAAAAAUUCGGAAGUUUAAAUUUAAACAUUGUCUAGAAUCUAUGUUUCUCAUUUUGUACAUUGUUUUCAUUUCAAAUAAUUGAAAGUAGGACUUAAUCAUAUAACUAUAUUGUAUAUACAAUAAAAAACUAUGUACAGGGUCUUUCCCCAUAUAUUGACUACAGGGGUUAUAUGAAGACAUCAAAAAUUUAGUUUUUUUAGAAAUUUUAACUUUUGAUAAAUGGUCAGUUUUUUCUUAUGGAAUCUAUGACUUCAUAGCUGAAAAGAGUCGAAUUUUCUGAUUUCAAAUAUAUACAGUUUCAGUACCUUCAAUUAGGCCGUUUUGAAAAUUUCAGGGUUUGGAUUCCGAACCCACAAUUUGAUAGUAUUGUCCAUAUAAAGUAGAUAGACGAUACUAUCGAAUCGUGGGUUCGGAAUCCGGGUCCAGACUCUAAACUUUAAGAAAAUAAUACAUCGAAACACCUUGGUAGGCGGUGCAUUGUUGAUAUAACACAGGUCUUUCUGAGGGUCUUUCAAUGUAGAUAUGAUUUUCUCGAAGUUUAGAGCCUGAUAUUUCCAAAACGGCUUAAAUGGAAGUAGUUAAUCUAUAUAAAUUUGAUAACAUAAAAUUCGACUCUUCUCAGCUAUGAAGUCAUACAGUAUUCCCCAUAAUGUUUGCUACAUAUGGGGAAAUUUUUUAUCUGUAGGAUAUGGAAUUUUUGCUUAUGUGCGAUCGAUCCUGCAUGUCCGAUAAUCCAAAAGUACAUUUUGACAUUGGUCACGUGAUCACUGUUGUGGUGGCAAAUUUGAAAAUUUAGAUAUGGAAACGCGAAAAGUGGGGUUAGAUGGCCAAAUUUCAGAAAAAAACUAUUUGAAUAAAGUGAUUAGAACGAUGCUUUAGGGUUGUCUGCGAAAUUUGGAGGAAAAACAACAAAAAACAGGAAAUUACUUGUUUUUCGCCAUAGAUGUCUUAUCAACUAAUAUUAUACAGUUUUCAUUAUUGAAAUAGUCCAAGUACCUCAAUAUUUGAUGUAUAUUGGUGAAACAAACUUAAAUUCUUCAUUGGAAUCAUUCCUAGAGAAUUAAAUUAAAAUUAUUGAUUAGCACAUAAAACUUUUCUGUAGCAAUACCCUGUGUCUGGACAGUUAAGUAUAAGGUGUUUUAGAACUGUAUUGAAAUAUUUAAUAGAAAAUCUCAAUAAGUUGUAUCAACAUUAAGCUAAUGGAAAUCUCAGAAACUGUCAAGAUACAGGGUAUUGCUGCAGAAAAGUUUCAUGUGCUAGUCGAAUAUUUUUGUUUAAUCCUCUAGGAAUCAUUCCAAUGAAGAAUUUAAGUUUGUUUAACCAAUACACAUUAAAUAUUCAGGUACUUGGACUAUUUCAAUAAUAAAAAUUGUACAAUAAUAUUUGAUAAGAGAUCCAUCGCUAAAAACAAGUAUUUUCCUGUUUUUAGUUAUUUUUCCUCCAAAUUUCGCAGACAGCCCUAAAACAUCGUUCUAAUCUUUUUUUCCAAAUAACUUUUUCCGAAAUUUUGCCAUCUAGCCCAACUUUUCGCGUUUCCAUAUCUACAUUUUCGAAUUUGCCGCCACAGCGGUGAUCACGUGACUAAUGUCAAAAUGUACUUUUAGGUUAUCGGACAUGCAGGAUCGAUCGCACAUAAGAAAAAAGUCCAUGUCCUACAAAUAAAAAAUUUCCUCAUAUGUAACGAAAAUUAUAAGGGACACUGUAUAUAGGCUGUUCCAUAAAAAUAACUGACCAUCUGUCAAAAUGUGACAUUUCUUAAAAAAAAAAAAAAAGUUUUUGUCAUCGGAUUCGAAAAUUUCAAAUAAAACCCGAUAACUUUUGUAUUCACAAUUUUUUGAUAUAUCCUUACGUAUUCCCUGUAGGGUGUGGGAUCAAUAUAUGGAGCGAGGCCCUGUACAGAAUUUGUUCCUUAUAAUUGGUGCGGUUCCUACAACUUCAACAAGAAAACAUUUAAAAAAAAGUUGAAUACAAAAGUUUUGGAAUUUCAUAUCUAUUAUCACAGACCUAUUAUCUUUUACACAUGUCAAAAUGAACAAAUGAUAAGUGGCAACUGUCAUAAUGACAAGCACAAUCUUUGCAUAUACAUUUUUUAAAUGGAUCACCCUAAAAUAUACCUAAUUUGAGGUAUCUAUUUAAAUGAAUCUUUAACCUUAAAUAGCGCAAAAACAACUGGACCAAAUAUCAGCAUAUAUGAUAUAUUUGGAAUUAGAAAACAAAAAUCUUUCAUUCCAGCCAAAAAUAUACAGAGUGAUCCAUUUAAAAAAAUAUAUGUGCUGUCAUUAGGACAGUUAGCACUUGUCAUUUGCCCGUUUUGACACGUGCAAAAGAUAAUAGAGAUGAAACCCUACAGCUUUUGUAUUUGACUUUUUAUUAUUAUUUUUUUUUUCAAGUUAUGUAGUAGCCGCACUUAUUAUAAGGAACAGACCCUGUACAUAAAUGUUUCGGUUAAAUUUUUGAAAUUUCUUUUUAAAUUUUUUCUCGUGAAAGAAACGUGCCAAUGAUAAAGAUACUCAUUCUUAUUUAGGGACAAGAUGGGUGUCAAUUGUAUUAAGUAUAUACCAAUUAAGUAGAAUUAAGAAAAAUUCUAAAUGAUAUCGCACAAUUUGUUCAUAGGAAAUUAAAAUAAAAUAAAUUUACAUGGUAAGUUUUAGGUAUAACUAUAGUUAAUAAUAUUAAUAACUUUUACGUUCUGUUAAUGAUCCUCUGCAUAUUGAUUACGUUAUAUAAAUCAAUCAAUUGAUUGAUUUGAUUCAAAUUCUACAUACAGCAGUUUUCAAACUAUCAAAAAAUUUGUUAAUAGAUGAAACGUUUAAUGAAAUACAAAAAUCAGCUAAUGGAAAAUUGGCAAGUUUUCAGUAAACUCAUAAGAGCAUCUAUGUUUUAUAGGAUUGGAUAAUGCACCUUAUGAUUUGAAAAAAAUAAAUCAUCUGAGUCAUAUGUUUUUCGAAGAAUAGUGCAAAAAUGUCAUAGAAAUAAAAAAAAGUUAUUAAGCUGGUAAAUACCAUAAUCAUUGGUCAAAGUCAAUCAAAAAUUCCAUGGUACCAUAAGGUUAUUUAGCAAAGAAGAGUCUUAUAAAAUUACAUCAUUUAUAAUGGAAUUCUAUAGAUCGUACACACUCAUAUUAAUUGUUAUUAUCAAGUGUUUAGGACUAAGUAUUAAGUAUGCAUGUAAUAAAUGUAGUUAAAAUUUUCCAAUUGGUGGCAACUUAUAUAGUAGGUAACUAUUUUUUGUUAAAUUGUAGUACCAAUCAGAAACAAAAUUAAGAAAACAUUUUUGAUAAUCGUUAUCUGUAAAGCUCUUUUUGCCGGAGAAAAAGUAACGAAUCUAAUUUUUGCUAUAAUUUUUGAGACAUCUAAGAUUAUCUAUCGACAGUCUCUAUGGAAAUGCAGGUUUAUAUUGUUGUUUAUAUCUGACAAUAAUAUCUCUUCAACGAAUAAAUCGGCUUCAAGUUCUCAACAAUCCAGCUUGCCCGAGUGAGAAUGCAGAGAAAUAAAACUCUUGAAAGUAUCAAAGGCCUUUGACAAAGUUUGGAUUGACGAUCAGGUUGCAUUGUGCCUAUUCAUCGAACUUUGUUUGGCUCAUUCAAAAAUUCUUCUUCGAUCAAAAAUUUGAUACCAACAAAUAAACUGAUGCUGCAGAUCUGCAAAGAUUUUCUUUUUUCCCUAUUUUGUAUAACUUCAAGGCAGAUUGAAUUCUACUCAAUGUUGGACAAGAUUCACGUGUAGAAGUGAUCCAUAAACUUUAGGCACUUUCCUUUUCUGGGUCAAGUUAAUAUGUUCAUGGAAAGAAAAAUAUGAACAACUCAAAUGCACUCGGAGCGACGCAAAAAUCUAGUCGACUCUAUAUGGACUUCCCGAUUUACAAUACACAAUACCAUACAGUCGAGAAUAGUCCUGAUGAGGUCAAUUCUUAGUCCAAGUCUUAGAUCUUUACUUCACUUACAUAAAGAAGUUGCACGUUGCACACCUUUUCAAAACAAGAUCUCAUCUCAAGGAAAAGUUAAAAUGUUGACGUAAUCUAUCAAGCCAUCGGUAUCAAAAAUGUUCCAGAAUAUCUUCUCAUACGGCAAACAAAAUUAUCUCCUAUAAUUCUCAAAAUAUUGCGAGAUUUAAUAUGAACCAAAAGAAUUAUGUUUCUUUGGAACCAUUAUAAUCUAGAAUAUAAUUUUUAUAGCAACAAUUAGGCUCGUUAAUUUUAUUUCAAAAGUGUUAUCAUGACAAUAUUUUCAAAAAAGAAAAAUAAAAUGUCCAGUUCAAUGAACAGCUGACCCGAUUGUUAAAUUUAAACCUAAAUUGUUUGCACGUAAUCAAUACCUAAUGGCUGUUUUUGUGAACCAUUCCAAAUUUAGCAAAUUGUCCAUGUUAGGAAAAAGCCAAAUCAGCCACAAAAAAAAAAAUAGGUUUAGAUUAAAUAUUCGAUCUUUUUUCGAUGUAAUUGAUUUAAAAGAAAAACAUUUUGUGUAAUGCACUUGAUUGAAAUAAUAUAAUGUAAAAUUAACUAUUCCAAAUAAAUAAUUACGUCCCAUAAAAUUGCUUUUUAUUUCCAGUUUUCUAUAAAGUAACCACAAAUCCCACCUUAGAAAAAAAGGAGACUUAACAUAAUAAUAUAGGAAAAAAAUCAAUACCUAAUUACUUAACAUUAAAAAAAAAAAUAAAAAAUUUGGUUUCGAUUUUGCUACAAAAAGGAAAAAAUUCAAAAUAUAACUACCUAUUACAAAAAAAUCUUCUUAAAAUAUUAAUUUGAUUUAAAUUAGAAAAGUAAAAAUGUAGUAGGACAGCACGACGAAAAAUGCGAUUUUGACUAUUCUAUCCAGCAUACAAAAUCUAAAACAAAUUAGUUUAAUUUAAUUGAAACUCAACAAACCAAUCACCCAACAUUUUCAUAUUCCUUUUUGCAGCAGGUAUCAUAUCGUCAGUUUCAUUAAAAAUAUUCCUUCUGGCAUACAAUAAACAAUCUUGUAAGUAAUUUGUUAUGUUAACAUUGUCAGCUUGAACCUAAAAAAGCAUGUGUGAAUAAACAUAAGCCCAGAAGUAGCAGAAGUCGCUAUUUUACUUGGUAAAUGCUCUUUUCUAUUUCAUUCAUUUUCGGCCUCAAAUUCAUAAAAUAUGUCAUAUCAAACGUCCACUCUUUUGUUGUGUAAUAUUCGAACAGCUCUUGACCUUUAAUCAAACGACGAUUUACUCGUAAUAAACUGCAAAAACAAUCAUAAAAAAUAAUGAGAUUAACAGAAACUAUUCUUACACUGGUUCAUAUCUGAGACAAAUUAACAACAAGUCGAUAAACAAUGCCGGUAUAAUUUGAAAGAGAAAAACAUGGAAAUUGUGCCACCAUUUUGAUUUGGUCAAUAUACCAUUUGGGUACCAAAUAAUGCCGUUGAAUGGUACUUUGGUGUUGAUUACUUCUUUGCCGAUUUCAAUAAUUUCCUCCCAGUUGAUUUUUAUGUCUUCGUGUGGUAUUGAAAUGUUAAAUACUUGUUGUUGU